UCGGCACAUCGCUAGGAUCGCCUGGUUACAUUUCAGCCGGUCAUAGAAGGUUCAGUUGUAAACACGACUGAGAUCGGCGCGUACCGGCGUGACAGCAAAAUGGCACCGAGCAUAGAUGCGGAGACGUUUAAAAUUUUUGGUUUUUGGGGCAGUAUAUUAGUCCUAAAAAUCCUGGCUAUGGCGGUGCUUACGGGCCGUCAGCGGAUGCGGAAAAAGGUUUUCGCGAAUCCGGAAGACGCCGCGAGGGACAAGAAGGCAAAAAUCGCAUUCGAUGAUCCAGACGUGGAACGAGUUCGUCGGGCCCACUUGAAUGACCUUGAGAACGUUGUGCCAUGGUUCAUAGCCACUUGGAUCUGGCUAGGAACGGGUCCAUCGACGUGGCUGGCCGGCUUGUUGAUCCGAGUUUUCGUCCUGUCCAGGAUUCUUCAUACCGUCGUAUAUGCAGUUGUACCUCUCCCCCAGCCUUCCAGGGCAAUUGCUUUUUUCCUAGGAUAUUUCGUCACUUUAUACAUGGCAGCCUCAACGAUAUUGUAUUACUCUUACUGAGUCGGUUAUAAUUUUUUUACAUCUGUCUUUCAAUUGAAUUGAUUCAGGGUAAACUUUUAUAACGCACUAAGUGUCAAGUUCAAGUGAUGCUGUAUAAACUAUAAUACACUCGUGUCGAAUAAAUAUGAGGCUGAAAUUUGUAAACUUUAUAUGCGACGAUGCGUUUUCACGAAGAAUCGAGAUUUUGCAACUUUUGUGGGAUAGUGGAAAAUUCUGUAAGCUGUUACAAUGCAAAACACACUUGUGUAUUUUGCAAACUUGAAUAAAUUCAAGUCAUUCUAAAAUCACAGAGUUUAGAGAUUUGUUACAAAUAUUUCUUUGCGUUAUCGUCACUAUGCCUUGACGGGAGAAAACCUCACAAUUUAUUUUAAAAUCUACUCUCAACUUUUGAGAUAAAUUCGCAACCCCAACUUGAAGACCGUGGGAUCGACCUAUACAAACAAAGUGGCGGGGGAAACGAAUUUACCCCCAUUGUUGACGGUUGACCCCGAAAUGUUGCGUAAUUAUUCUCAAACGUGAGGGUUCACCCUCGAAUACGGUUGGAUGAAGAAUUACAUUUUGAAAAAAAGAUUCGCGCUACACGUUCAGAAUUUCGGGGGGUUAUCCGCAACUUUGGAAACUAGCCCAAAAAAGUUGGGGGUUUUCCCGUUACAAGGGUAACUUCAGCCUCGUAAAAAUAUAUUGCAUUUCAAAAUCAUCAUUUUAUUACGUUAUGUUUGUACCAUAGCUAUUAUUAUUAUGUGAUUUAUUACUGUUCAGAAAAUAUAUUUGGAAAUGAA